CUCCCCGAAGAAUCGAAACACGCCUCGUCCGAAUCCGUGUAGAAUGCCUCACUGAUUUGCAAGCAAUCACCUCUCAUUACGAGGGGUAGUGAAUUCAUUACGUCGUGUUGUGGUCUUUACAAUUUCUCGACCUAUUUUCCAUGUACUGCAGUUAUACGUAUUUACCUUUUCGGUGUAAACACGGGGAAUUAAUGCAUUACUCAAAGUGAUAAAAUACCGUAAAGUUGUCCUAUGGCUAUGAUGGCGGGGUGACUAUAAUGUAGUUCAAGUUGCGUAUGGACUGUUCUGCCAGCCCUCGUAGAAGGAGAACUGUCCCUGUUGUAAAAUGAGUCCGGGAGGAGUGACACAGUAAAUUAUUUCGUUCGUUCUUGAUUUAAUUUGAAAGGUAGCCACGCCUUCUGAUCCAAAUCUACCAGGAUGCGGAUUUCGGAAGAAAAUGGGAGGAUCUAUCACAUGCAAUGAUGCUGUUCAACAUUGCGGGACUAUCAUUUUGAAGAGAAAAGUAGGUGUAUUGAUAUGCAGACAACAUGCCGAGAAAGAGAAGUAAACGAGUUUCUUUCAUGACAUCCGAGAGUCAUUUUGGAUAUGAAAAGGUGUCGUCAUCUGCAACGGACCUAUCAGAGGCGGGUUUGAAUACUUCCAGCCAAUCAGAAGCUGAUUUACUUCAUAAUAUGGAAAACAAGGGACAGGGCCUUGAAAUAGACAAGCGCGGGUUGGAAACGCUGGAAAAUGACAGAAUUCUAAAGGAUUUUUUACUGCGGAAAGGUGAAAUUAGAGGGCGACUUGAUGAAGAGGAUACAAACUCUGAUGAUGUCGACAACGAGCAUCGUGAUGACGACAGUUGUGGAAAAUAUAAAAUAACAAAGUCGGAUAUGAUCACUUUCCUCUGUCUUGUCGUGUCAACAUUUAUAAGCUGGCUGGCUUUUUCGAUAAUGGCACCAUUCUUCCCAAACGAAGCUCAUCGUAGAGGAUUGAAGGAUAUAGAAGUUGCGAUCAUCUUUAGUCUACAAGCUCUCAUGUCUACUAUCUCAUCUCCAUUAGUUGGCAAAUUUUUACCAAUGAUUGGUGCAAAAGUGACCCUUGUGUCGGGUCUAUUCCUCGAAGCUGCAGGAAAUGUAUUAUUUGGGUAUUGCGUCAAACUUCAUUCUACGACAGCUUUCAUCGCAUUUGCUUACAUCACUCGUAUUAUGGUAGGCCUCGGUGUGGGGACAUCGGUAACGGCUACUAUGACCAUCAACGCAAAUACAUUCCCCAAUCAUAUCGCCCGAACAGUAGGUUUGCUCGAAACUACAGCAGGUCUCGGUCUCUUACUAGGACCUCUCUUUGGUGGACUCCUUUAUCAGAUUGGAAAAUCAAGUUACCUGUUGCCUUUUGUGGUAAUCGGUGGUUUGGAUUUGGGUUCCAUGCUCUUUUCACUUUACUUCCUUCCAUCACAAAAAUGUAAAGCUGAAGAGUCCGGUUCGGUAUCCGAACUGCUCCGGAUCCCAUGGGUGUGGCCGAUAGCGAUGGCAGCUUUCUUGGGCAGUGCAACACUCGGUUUCCUAGAACCGACUUUCUCGGUCCAUGCAACCAACUUUACCGACAACGCUUUCUACAUCGGUUUGCUAUUCAUGCUUGUCAGUGGUUCUUACGCCGGAAGUUCUCCAUUGUGGGGUUGGAUUGGGGACACUUUUGCCAUGACACGAGUCUGUUUAAUAGUAGGUCUUCUCUUGGACAGCUUCGCAUUUCUUCUUAUUGGGCCCUCACCUCUAUUGCAUCUUCCAAGUCGUUUGUGGAUCAUUUGCAUCGGUUUGAUGUUGUUUGGCAUCGGUGAUGGCGCUGUUAUAGUUUCUUCAAUUGGUGACAUGUUUAGUUUAGCUGUACAAUAUGAUUUACCAGAGGAUAUCCGAACCUACAGCGUAGUAUCGGGAGUAUUCAACUGUGCCUAUUCGCUAGGGACAGUCUUCGGGCCCUGGGUAGCAGGAGGCUUACUGUAUCAAGAGUAUGGUUUUAAUAACACGUCACAGAUAAUGUCUCUUGUGCUUCUAGCCAUGGCCUUCGUCGUCUGUGUAUCAUCGGUAGCUGAACACCAUUGGAAAAAAAGACAAAAGAGAUUGGGGAAGAACGUGAAGGAUUCGUAUAACAUUCAGACGGACAAUGCCAUUCCCGAGACAGUGCCCCUCUUCCAACAACCAAAGGGUAAAAAGACUCCCCCAGAAAGCUGACGAUAGGGGAUCCAAACAGAAGGAACACCGCCCCCACCGACCAUCACAUAAAUCUUCUUGAGUUUGUGUUCAAAACAGGGAAGCAAUCUAACUUUGAGAGCAUUGAUUAUCACUAAUAUAAAUGCAGUUAUCUUUAUGCCGCUUCCUUUGCUUUGCAUGGCAAUACUUUAACUCGAGUGUAAUCCAGUGUAUUCUGAUAUAGUACAGCUAUUAUUUUUUGUUUAUAUGAGACGGUUAACCAUAAUCUUAUAGCAGAGGCGUAAUAUGAAAAAAUAUUGAGGGUGCUAGAUAUGGC